CUCCACUUUCCUUUAAUUAUAUAAUACACACUACUCUCCCCUUCUCUAGUCCCUACAUAUCCUUGCAUUUCCCACACGCCCUCUCUGCUUUUUCUCUCUCUUGCUCUGACUUUUCUUCACUUUUUUCUUCUUUCUUGCCUAUAAAUCCCUCUUCAUCUCAUUCCAAUUAGAUUAGACGUUGAUAAUUUGGAGGGAAACACAAUUGAAAGGUUGAAAGAUGAAAGAGAGUGGUAGGACGAAGCAGGGUGUGCCCUCUCCCUGUGCUGCAUGCAAGCUCCUCCGUAGAAGGUGUGCUCAGGAUUGUGUUUUUGCUCCCUAUUUCCCUGCAGAUGAGCCCCAGAAGUUUGCUAAUGUGCACAAAGUAUUUGGUGCCAGCAAUGUCAACAAGAUGCUUCAGGACUUACCAGAGCAUCAGAGAGGGGAUGCUGUGAGCAGCAUGGUGUAUGAGGCAAAUGCAAGAGUGAGGGACCCUGUGUAUGGCUGUGUAGGUGCCAUUUCAUCUCUUCAGCAACAGAUUGAUCUGCUUCAGACCCAAUUGGCAGUAGCUCAGGCUGAAGCUGUGCACCUCAGGGUGCGCCAGAGUACUGCAUCAUCUCUCUGGAACCCAUGUCAUGGCCCAACUAGCCCCACCUACACUAGUGUCCCUCCAUCAUCCAAGAUCCUUGAAUCUCAAGCCAAACAUGUUUUUGACAUGGACAUGAUGGUGGACCAUGCUGGAUAUGGUGGGGAUUCCAUGUGGUAAUGGAGCAAUGCUACUCAUAAUAAUUAUUACUUAUUACUACUAUAACUAUACUAGUACUAUUUAGUCAAUAUUAAAAGAUACAAAGCAAAACAGGGGAGACAUUAUUUUCUAAAGUAAUGUCUUUCUAUACUUUCACUUUAGUAAAGUAGAACUAGAAAUCUAGAAGCUAUGGUGGCUGAGGCUGCGGCCUGAGAUGGUUAGAGAAAGAGCUGUGGCAGAUGAUCUUCGCCCGCUUGCUUGGUUAAUUGCAUUUUAGAAAUCAUUCUACAAUUGAUUCUGAUGACAGAAUCUACUAUGUGUAGAAAUUUCUGAGUAGGUUAGGGCAUUUCGGAAUUGAUACCGAUGAAGGAAGCUAAUCUAAAUAUGUUAUAAUUUGGUUUUGGAAAAUUGAUUGCUUGUUAACUAGUUAUAGUGUAAAUAUAUAUUGUAUGUGUCACUUGACAAUGAAGGGUACGCUUCAUAUAUAUCGUUGGAUGGUGGACUCUUCUUUGAGAAAGGUUGCUUGUAGUAGCUCUUCCAAUUACUGGAUCUUUGGCAGUUUACCAGGAAGAUGCACCUGUUGGCAUUUACUUAGUUUUUUACAAGUAUUGCUGCUUCUUUGUAAUGUUGGGAUAUUGCUAUACAAUCAUUUUAAGUAUUUUAAUGUCGCUUUGUUCUA